CCACGCCCUACCGGUCUUAAAGCGAGUCACUAAGGCUUGCCGCCUCCCUUUAAAGCGCCAAGCCGUGCCGGUCUCUGUCCUUUCCCAAAGCCAAACAGCGAGGGAGCCACCCCCACCCCACCCCCACCCCACGCAAUAAUCAAUAGCUGCACUACGCCGAGCAGCUAGCCAUCACCGUCCGGCGGCCAUGGCCACCAUGCCAGUGCGAGUGCUGCAUGUUCUGCUUGCUGUAGCGGCCGCUUGCGCCGCGGCGCCGGCGGCAUCGGCGGCAGCAGGGAAUAAUAAGGUGCCGGCGAUCUACGUGUUCGGCGACUCCACGGCGGACGUCGGCAACAACAACUACCUUCCGGGAAGCGCCGUGCCGCGGGCCAACUUCCCGCACAACGGCGUCGACUUCCCCACGUCGCGGCCAACCGGCAGGUUCAGCAAUGGCUACAACGGCAUCGACUUCUUGGCUCUUAACAUGGGAUUCAAGCGCAGCCCCCCGCCGUUCCUCGCCGUGGCUAACAAAACUAACAAGCAAAUCCUCAGAGGUCUCCUUGGAGUGAACUUUGCCUCUGCAGGUUCAGGCAUCCUUGACACAACUGGGAACUUCAUCAUUCCGAUGAGCAAGCAGGUCGAGCAAUUCGCCACCGUGCAGUGCAACAUCUCCGCGCGCAUCAGCAAAGGAGCAGCCGACAGCGUGCUGUCGCGGUCCCUGUUCCUCAUCAGCACCGGCGGCAACGACCUCUUCGCCUUCUUCUCGCGGAACAGCACGCCUUCGGACACCGACAAGCAGCUGUUCGUCGCCAACCUCGUCUCGCUGUGCCAGAAUCAUGUCAAGGCUCUGUACGUGCUCGGGGCGAGGAAGUUCGCCGUGAUCGACGUCCCGCCGAUCGGGUGCUGCCCCUACCCUCGGAGCCUGCACCCUCUCGGAGCUUGCAUCGACGCCCUCAACGAGCUGGCGCGUGGGUUCAACAAGGGCGUCAAGGCCGCCAUGCACGACCUCAGCGUGAGCCUGCAGGGGUUCAAGUACUCCAUCGGGAGCUCCCAUGCCGUCGUGCAGAGCAUCAUGAAGCAUCCUCAAAGGCUCGGAUUCAAGGAGGUCACGACCGCGUGCUGCGGGUCGGGCAGGUUCAACGGGGGGUCCGAGUGCACGCCCAACGCCACGUUGUGCGACAACCGGCACGAGUACCUCUUCUGGGACCUGCUGCACCCGACGCACGCCACCUCCAAGCUCGCCGCCGCGGCCAUCUACAACGGCUCGCUUCACUUCGCCUCGCCGAUAAAUUUCAGGCAGCUAGUGGAAGACCAGUACUAGUAUGGCCAUCACCGUGUACCGUGUUAUGUAUGUUAUCGAUUUCCCGGGUCCGUGUGGUGAUACUGGUGUGUAUGAUAUACGUAGUGGUGUUCAUCUCUUGCUUGUGCUUUAGGACGUGGUAGUGGUGUAGUUUCGACUCGGGUAAAAUAUCAUCUCUCCAGUAGUGUCUUGUGUGCUCGUCAUCUGAACAACUGAACGAAUUGAGAGCAGGGCAUGGAAGCGACUAUCGACGAAAGCUGGUUAAUAUAACUAUAUAUAUACACACGCCUUUCCUAAUUUUCAUAUCCUUGAAAUCACACGAGAGUUCAGGCGACGUUCAAAUUCCACUAGCGAGGAGAGGUUAGUGUUCGGGGCUUCUGUUGU